UGUCGCCUUGCCGUCUCCGCUCCCCGUGGUGUUUGACAUCGCACAAUUAAGCCGAAUGGUGGGUGCGGGCAUAAAAGCGCGUUUUGCUCUCGCCUAGUCGCCGGAUCCAACCCGAGGGAGAGACGCGAGCGCUCGACCGCUGAUCCAAACUAGGCGACGAGCUAACGUUAGCGUACUAGCUAGCUUGGCGAGCUUUUCGGGAACGCCGCCUGUCCCCCCGAACAACAAGAGCCCCAAAAACCUCGGGGGUAGUUCCGAGCGUCGGACGAAGCAAGGGACGCGAACGGGUAUUUGGGGCAGCGUGAGAAGUGAAAAUAAUCCAUCAAAUGAGAGGUGGUGGAAGUGGAACCUAGCCCAGCCAGUUGAGUCACCAUCGGCAGACAUAAUGGGUAUGAUGGCCCCAAUAUAUGCAUGACUAAUUUUCUGCGGCCUGAUGGGAGGACACUGUGGGUAGCACCGUCACCAGGAUAUCAGGAGAGCCGUCCCAUGCUCCCACUGCACAGGGCCUACCAGAAUGAAGAAGAUAAGCCUUAAGACCUUUCGCAAGUCUUUCAACAUAAAGGGCAAAGAGGAGGGUGACUUUGUCAUGCUCCAGCAGCCCUCCUUGACAGCAGACUUUUCCAAGGAGGACUCGCUUUUUGGGGGCUGCUAUACCAAAGACCUCACAGGUUGUGACCUUGGUGUUGAAGAUGACAAGGGAGGCCAGAAUAAGGGUCGUUCAAAGAGCGAAAGCCUGAUGGGUUCACUAAAGAGGAGGCUAUCUGCUAAGCAAAAAGCUAAGGUGAAGGGCGGCACAUCAGCCAUGGGGUCAGUAGAUGACGAUGACACCUUCUCAUCAUCUUCUGUGCCCAUCAGCUUCAACGAGGUGAAAGCCCAACGGCCCCUUAGAUCUGCAUCACUACGGAGCCACCACUACAGCCCUUCACCAUGGCCUCUCAGGUCUGUCAGCUCAGAGGAAGCCUGUAUUAAGAUGGAGGUCAAGGUGAAAGCCAUGGUUCAUUCUCCAAGCCCCAGCCCCAACCUAAAUGGUGUUCGCAAAGAAUUUCACGACUUCCAGAUGGAAGGUCUUUUUCAGGACCAGGCAGAUUCACUAAAGAAUCUCCAGCAGCCUCAAAAUGGUGAGCUGCAUCUGAAUAUUGAUGAACAUGAUGUGCCUGUGGUGCUGGGGCUGACGCCUCAGGACUACAUCCAGUACACUAUGCCUUUAGAUGAGGGAAUGUAUCCAGAGGGUUCUCACUCUUUCUGCCUGGACAACUCCUCUCCCAUGGAGGUUGUGACUGAGGCAGACAGUAGAUCCCUCCACACAGACCAGGGCCAGGAGGAACAUGACCUGGUUAGUGGUAUACCUCCCGACCUCUUCAUGGAGCCCUCAGUUAAUGGCCUUCUCAUUGGCUCUGCUGGCGUGAUGCUCCAAAGUUCUAGAGUAGAGGUCCCACCACCUCUCUCUCCACUCCUGCCUCCCAUGAUCAGCAAUGGUGACAUCCCCAGGACCUUUUCGGGUUUCAGCUCAGCAGACAGUCAAGUAGCCGAGCGGGUAAGACACCACCUCAACUUUGAUCCUAACUCGGCUCCCGGAGUCAGUCGAGUGUAUGACUCUGUCCAGAGCAGUGGGCCUAUGGUGGUGACCAGUCUAACAGAGGAGUUGAAAAAGCUGGCAAGGCAGGGCUGGUACUGGGGCCCCAUCACCCGCUGGGAGGCAGAGGAAAAGCUGGUCAACCUGGUCGAUGGCUCCUUCCUGGUCAGGGACAGCUCGGAUGACAGGUACCUCCUUAGUCUGAGUUUCCGGUCACAGGGCAAAACCCUCCACACCCGCAUUGAACACUCCAAUGGUCGCUUCAGCUUCUACGAGCAACCAGAUGUGGAGGGCCACACGUCCAUAGUGGAUCUGAUCGAACACUCUAUCAAAGACUCAGAAAAUGGAGCUUUUUGCUAUUCCAGAUCUCGCUUACCAGGGUCUGCCACCUAUCCUGUCAGACUGACCAACCCCGUGUCUCGGUUUAUGCAAGUGCGCUCACUACAGUACCUGUGUCGCUUUGUCAUUAGACAGUACACAAGGAUAGACCUGAUUCAGAAACUGCCUUUGCCUAACAAAAUGAAAGAUUACCUGCAGGAAAAGCACUACUGAGGACAGCAGAGACAGGACAGUGGUAGCAAUUUGCACUUUGGGGUCAGUUAAGAGAUUCAAACAAGGUUUACAGACAACCGUAGUUUUGAGAUGAUGGGUUCCAAUAGCUCUUGAGUUGUGUCCAGGUAACUUUGUCAAUGUCCAGUCCUCCAUUCCACAGAUUUUUGGAUUGGUCAGAUUCAAGCGGCUUUUCUUCCAAGGACUAAGGCCUACAUAGAAUCCAGUGCAGGAAUUUGGAGGGGGUGUACAGAAUGGUUAUCUUAGAUGCACACUCCAGAUGCAUACAUUAGCCAUGCACUCUAAUCCGAUAAGGGGAAUUGUAAUAUCCAGUGGUGCAAGCAGAGCAGGUUUACACAAUUUCACUGUCUUCAUUAAAUGUAGGCCUGAAGGGAGGAAAAGUAACGUCUCACUUAAAAUUUCACUUUGGUCGGUAUUGAAAAGAUUGCUGAGGCAUCACAUCUGUUGUAAAUGAGGUGAUUAUCAACUUUUAAACCCCUUGCAGACUGUGCAAUUUUGAUCAACUUCUUUGUAUUACAUUCUAGAUUGUGCAAUUGAAAAAUCUUUACCAGCCCAGUCAAGCUGUGAAAAAUACAGUUGAACUGUCAUGUUAUUGUCAUGCUGCAUUGGUUGGAGUCAGACUAUAUCCCACUACAGGUAAUGAAUGACCAGCUGGUACACACAUUUCACAAUGUUAAUAAAAUACUUACAUAGCCAAAGGUGAUCUAGCAUAAAUUGUAGCUGUUUUAUUUAUAACAUACCAGCUGUUUGCAAAUAGUCAAAGGUUAACUCUGCAACCUGUAAAUGCUAUACCAUGACUAUUUCUCUGCAAGCACUUUCUUUUUGGCUCUGUCACUAUAUUUUCGUUGUUUGCAUUUUAAACUGCACCUAUGUUUCAGUUACCUGACAAGCUCCUGUUAGUCAGUUACUAGGAUAGGGUUAUGACACUACUCACAGCACAUGACACUGGCACAAAAUUGGGAAAAGAAAAACAGCAUUAAAGUUUGUUGCAGGCAUGUAAUCCAAGCAGCAGUAACUUUCAAGCCUUGCCCCAUCAUAUUGAACUGAAUGGCCGAAGACUGCUGGCCACUUUUUGCAAUCAAAGAAUUUGGUCAUGGUGUUAAAAUGUCUGCGACAGUUAAUUCAUCAUGGCUGAAUCUGCACAGUCUGUUAGGGGUUUUGAAAGAAUUUGGUCUAGGAAAUGGCUCUAGAGUAACAACUUGUAUUGGCUGCAUGUAGCCAUUUUAUAAUGUUUAAGUAUAAAGGUACUAGCUAAAUGAAGAUGCUGGUUUUUCUUGUUGUAGUGCUCUUCAAAGUAAUUAUAAUGACUUCAUUGACUUGAUGUAUAGACCUUUUUUAAAUUCAAAUACAAAUAAGUAAACUUAAGACAACACGAAAAGCUAAAUGUUUCUGCAUUGGGAAUGUUGUGAAAGUUGCACCACAGCUCAGGCCUAACAACCUUUUCAUUAUGUGUAAUGCUUGUAUCUGCAUGUGGUAAAGGCUUUAAGACGGUUAAGUAGGUGCACUGUAGACCUAAGUGACGCGGUGUCAUGACUUGAGGGUAAAGAAAGACAUAGGCUACAUCUAUUGUUGAAGGAAGAACUCGUAAGAAACGGCUCGUUUGUAUUUCAUGCACAGUAGCAUUACAUCACAGCCCACGGAUGAUGUGAACCACCAUCAGUUACCCUUCAACACCGAUUAGACUUCUCGCCAAAUUGAGCCAGGUUGUAUUUUAAGAGUGUCUCUUACACCAUUAAUGCCAAUAAUGAGCUGGAUUUAAGUCAAACGAAUCCCCGAAAAAUGUUACGAGCUUAGGUGGAGGGAUUUUGGGUAAAGCCAGGCUCCAGGCUCUGUCACAUUGUGGAUUCAUGCCGGGGGGCUCAGGCACGACAAAAGUUGAAACACAGCUGCAUGAUGCGGUUACGUUCUGUGUUCAUAGAGGCUUCAAGGGCAUUGAACUUGUAUGAUUAUUGCCAUUGCCUACUCAAAUGUUCCCCGGACUUCACAGAGCUGUACUACCCCACAGAUAGUUUCUCCCCUGGGAUGUUUGUGCUGGAGCAAAGGGAAGAGCACACAUUAUGCUACGCAAGUGCUUUAUACAGAUUCUUUGACAGGGAAUUGUUUUCGCAUCAUGUCUGAGCACCUUUUUUGACAUUGGUGUCCUUUUAAGUGUUUGGAGGAAGAAAAAAAAAAAAGUCUUUCAGGCAACUUUGGUAGGUUGUUAGCACAUAGCUCUAGUUUUAGUUAGCCAAGUCUGUUGGUGUCUAAGGUGCCACGAGUCUAGCACAGCAGAGUAGGUAGGAACUUCGAAUGGUGUUGCAUGUUUAAAGACUUAGCAUUUUACAGCUUUGAAAUGUAUAGGAAUGAAGGAUCUAGGUUGUGUGUUUGGCUGUGUAGAGGGAUAAAGUUUGGGUUCUUUUUUUUGGUUUUUUUUUCAGUUGUCAUUAACAAGAGCUGGACAUUCUGUGAACAAGAAUUGUAUUUUGUUCGAGUCGCUUUGUGAUUUUCUUUUGUGACAUCUGCCGUCUGCGGGGCAAAGCUGUACAAAAGAUGAUAGGAAUGUACGCUUGUUCGACGUAUCAGUUUUAUCUGCUCUAGCCAGCUAGUCGCAUAGAGCACGCAGAACCAUAAAAAUACUACAUCGACACUUUUUUUUGCACUUGAAUUUUUCAGCAUUGACAUGCUUGGAUCCUCUAAUUUUUAGAGUUGUCCCUCAGAUGGCAGUUUUGUUUAUUUUUGGUUUGUUUUUCUUUUGGGAAAAAAGGUUGCCAACAGUCCAACACUUGGACCCGAGCGCACGUUUGCCAUUAUGUGUUCAUGUAACUGUUCAGAUCCUGUCGAGGUCGUUGGUUUGUUGUUUUCAUACCUGUGGGAUACUAAGGGUAAGGCACCAGCAUCAUAUUGUAAACCUUCCGUUAAUGUUAGUUCUCGGGCUGUCAAAAGAUUGGGAUCAUGACAAGAAUGUGGGUUUUAAAUUGAAACAAUUUUUUUUUUUUAAGUAAGUUUAAAUGUGAAAGUGAAAUGUUAGUCUUUUUAAUACAGUGUACUUUGAAUUGUAUUUUCAGUCUAAUUUUCCAAUUUUUUUGUCGUCGGAUUCUGGCAACCCAUUUGAUAAAUACAACCAUCGGGGGUUUCUUUUCUGAUUUUUAAAUACUUAAAAUAGCCUGGGAUUGAUUAAUUUCGUCAUCAUUUAGCGUUAUUACCUUCACUGUGUGAAUCUAGAGGUUGAUGCUUGUUCAGACUGCCGAAGCAUUUGAACAUUGAGUUAAUAACCGCCGUUUAGCACUUAACAAGCUUCGACGUUUUAUUGUGCAUCUCUGCAAACGAAGGCGGUUGUUUACAACACUAUCUUUAGUAAAUAUCAUUUCCCCAUUUUUUUUUUGUCUUUCUCCCCUCACACAAGCAUUUUGGUACAAAUUGAAAACUCUUCAUUUUAUUGUGUUCAACACUUUUGUGCUGCUUAUGGAUAUGAUUGCCUUUCUUGUAUUUAACAAUGGGAAAUAGAAUGUCACCAUUUAGAUGUAUGUACACAUAAUGACUUUGGCUAUCAUCUUGGGAGAGCAAAGCAGAUUUGCAAUUUGUUUAACGACUGUAGUCAGUAAGGAGAUCAUUAGUAGCUAUUAGUAGAUCCUCUGUAGAAUAACAGUUCACUCCAGUUUACAUUUGUUGUCAACUGUCAUUUCCCCCCCCCCCCAAAGUAGAUUGUUUGUCCUUUUGUAUUUCCUUUUUCUUUUGGAAAGAAUCAACCGUGAUUUAUUGCACAUUUUGGAUACAGUUCAAGAAGUUUUUUGUAUCUGCCGAUUAUAAAUUAUAAAUAAAAACUAUAUUC